AUGGAUUUCCAGUUGGCAUUUGACAAAAUGCAGGCUGAAGAUAGGUUGUAUAAUGAUUACUUCAAAGAAAGAGUGGAUGGAACGAAAAGGAUUGGUCCACCUCUUGAAGAAGAUUGGCUGGCAGUUGACAGGUUACUCAACUUCCUUGUCAUUUUUUACAACUCUACACUUGUCCUCUCUGCUACUAAUUCACCUCGUUCACAUAAAUGUUACAAUGAAAUGGUAACAAUUGAACGCAACCUGAUAUCAUUGAGUCUAGAUGCUGAUGAUGAUCUGAGAAAGAAAGUGGAUUCUAUGCUUUCCAAGUUAGGUAAAUAUUGGGAUCCAUUUGGUUUUGAAACCGAGAUGAAUAGGAUGCUAAUAGUAGCUAGUGUCUUUGACCCGAGGAACAAGAUGAAAUUUGCUAAGUUGUGUUUUGAGAAGCUGUAUGGAUUGUUUAAGGAGUAUAAUGUUUGGUUUGGUGGUUCCGUGAACCGGUCAAAUACUGCAUCUAGUAAUGGUACUUCUUCUCAGGCACAAGCGAGUGGAUCAGCAACUCAGACUGAUACUGGAGCUGAAGACUUAGGCAGAACUAGAAACCGUAGGCUAAACUUGGUUGGUCGUGCUCGUUAUGAAAGGAUGGACGUAGUGUACAAAGAACUGGUACAAGAAUCAGGAUUUCAGGAAGUAACCACCGAGCUUGAGUUAUAUUUGACAGAAAAUGUGGAGAAUCCACAUAUUUUUGCAGGAUCUGAGUAUGAUGUUCUCUCUUGGUGGAAGGUUAAUAACCAAAAUUUUCCAGUUCUAUCACAAGUUGCUAAGGAUAUACUAGCAAUGCAAGUUUCAUCAGUUGCCUCAGAGUCUGCUUUUAGUAUCAGCGGUCGCAUUUUGGAUCCAUUCAGGAGUUGCUUGCCACAUUACACUAUUGAAGUGUUGAUGUGUACUGAGCAGUGGUUGAAGUCUGAGAUAAGGAUGGAUAGUAGGGGAACUAUAACCAUCGAGCAACUACUUGAUGAGAUUGAAGACCAAGAUGAUCUUCAGAGAGAAUUUGGAGAAAAGAAUCUGCAUGAGUAA